CUUCCGGGGCCGCUGUGGCGCUGCCGGCAGCGAUGGAUCGCGGUGCGGCGGGGCCGCUGCCCCUCGGCCGCUUGGCCGAGCCGCUGCUCCGCAGGCUCAGCGAGCUGCUGGACCGGGCGGCGCCCGGCAAGGGCUGGCGGGAGCUGGCGCAGCGAGCGGGGAGCCGAGGCACGGUGCGGCUGAGCCCUUUGGAUUUGGAGCAGUGUUCCCUCCAAGUGCUGGAACCAGAAGGCAGUCCCAGCUGGAGUCUCCUGAAGCUGCUGGGAGAUCGUGGGUGCACUGUGGUGGAGCUGGUGGAGUCCUUGCAGGCCCUGGAGCACACAGAGGCUCUCCAGUGUCUCGGCCAUGCAGGUAUAAAGAUUGUUGUACAGCCAGACUCUCAAGCAGUGCUCUCUGGUCAGGUGGUCAAGCUGUGUUGCUGGGCAGCAGGACACCCAUUUGUGCACUACCAGUGGUUCAAGCAGGAAAAAGAGGUUCCCCAUGGUGACUCUCCAGAGCUGGUUUUGAAUCCAGUGAGUGUAAAGGAUUCUGGCUUUUACAUCUGUCGAGUGAACAGUGACUGUUGUUUCGUGUUCAGUCGGUGGGCACGCCUGGAGGUCUGUGAGCUCCGGGGCACAUCUCAUGGGAGCUUGGUGGGUUUGCCUCAAAACAAAUUGUGCAUUUGUGUUCAGCCUCAGCCACAAAACCUGACAGUGGGGGAUGCUUUGGUACUAGAAUGUGGAGCUGUUGGAAGCCCAAUUCCUCAUUACCAGUGGUUCAGAAAUGGAUUUCCCUUGGCAAAUGGGAGCAAAAAUGUCUACACAGUAACUUCUGUGGACGUGGAACAUCAAGGGACAUACUGGUGUCACGUAUUCAAUGACCACGAGGGUGAAGACAGCAAGAAGGUAGAAGUCAUUAUAGGAAGGAAAGCAAUGGCAGUGGAAUGCACAGAAGAAGAUUUUAAUGAUCUUCAAGAAUCAGCAGACCCGCAAGAACUGUCGAGUGACAGACCUGUUGCCACAGACAAGGUGGCUCUGUUAAUAGGAAACAUGAGCUACUGGAAUCAUCCCCAGCUCAAGGCUCCCAUGGUAGAUGUGUAUGAAUUGACCAGUUUGCUAAGGCAGCUGGAUUUCAAAGUCGUUUCUUUACUGGACCUUACUGAAUCUGAGAUGCGAAACGCAGUGGAUGAAUUUUUACUUCUCCUGGACAAAGGAGUAUAUGGUCUGUUGUACUACGCUGGUCACGGCUACGAAAACUACGGGAACAGUUUCCUGGUUCCCGUGGAUGCUCCCAGUCCCUACCGGUCAGCAAACUGCCUGUGCGUGCAGGACAUCCUGCGGCGCAUGCAGCAGAAGGAGACGGGGCUCAACGUGUUCCUGCUGGACAUGUGUCGGAAAAGAAAUGAAUACGAUGACACAGUUCUUAUCCUGGAUGCUCUGAAGGUUACAGCCAAUAUUGUUUUUGGAUAUGCAACGUGCCAAGGAGCAGAAGCUUUUGAAAUUCAGCAGUCGGGGUUGGCCAAUGGCAUCUUCAUGAAGUUCCUGAAGGAGCGUUUGUUAGAAGACAAGAAGAUCACUGUUCUGCUUGAUGAGGUUGCAGAAGAUAUGGGCAAGUGUCCCCUGACCAAGGGCAGGCAAGCCCUGGAGAUCCGCAGCAGCUUGUCGGAGAGGAGGGCACUGACCGACCCCGUGCAGCAAAGCACAGCCUCGGCAGAGUCGCUGGCACGGAACCUGCAGUGGGCCAAGGCUCAUGAGCUCCCAGAAAGCAGGUACCUUGAUUUUAAAUGUGGUGUUCAGAUCCAGCUGGGGUUUGCAGCUGAGUUCUCCAAUGUCCUGAUAAUCUACACGAGGAUAGUGCAGAGCCCCCCCGAAAUGGCCGCUUGCAGAGCCCACGUCACAGACUUCGCUCUCGACCUGGAUGUGGAUCCUAAAUUGGCUAAUAAAGGAACUCCUGAGGAAACUGGAAGCUAUUUAGUAUCAAAGGACCUACCCAAACACUGCCUCUACACCAGGCUGAGUUCACUGCAAAAACUAAAGGAACACUUGAUCUUCACUGUUUGCUUGCACUAUGAGUAUUCAGGAAUAGAAGAUACAAUGGAUGAAAGAAAGGAAGUUAAUGUUGGGAAGCCCCUUAUUGCUAAAUUAGGCCUUCAUCAUGGAUUCAAAACCAAAAACUGUCCCCAUACCUGUUGCAUGACUGGUUAUCCUUUUCAUAAUUCAAUGGAAUCGAGUCUUAGAGAGGCAGCUGAAUACUACAUCUCCAGUCACUGCCAACCAAAUUCCUGUCCAGGUGUUUACUAUCCAAACUGUACUUGCUCAGCCAGCAUCACACAAUCAGAGGCAUGUUCCUUCAAUGGGACUUCCAGGAUAUUGGCUUCAAGACAUGAAGUAUGGAAUUACUCACCCACUGUGGAAAAGAGUAAUGUACCAGUAGAGACCACUGAUGAUACCGUUGAACUGCAAUUCCUUCUCUCUGACAGCCUCAGCUUCUCUGAACAGCAGUAGCUGGGAUGUGUUUGCAACAGACCUCCACAGAGCUCUGCAGGAUGCCUCCUGAAUAAAAAUAACCUGUUAUCCUGAGAGUCCUGCAACUGCCUCCUUGGCUCCAGAAGAGCAUCUGCCCUGCAGGACUCUCUACUAGGAGAUUUCAGGGCUGCUGUUGCUGUCUCUGUAGUUACAGCUUUGGUUCAUGCAUCAGCUACUUCUCCUCAUUCUGUCAGCUAAUUAGGAGCUUUGGCAGCUCACAGACAUUAAGUUUCUGGGCCAUGUUCACCUUGACAUAAAUUCCUGACUGCUGCAGGGCUGAUGGUUUCAGUAUUACUCCUGCCUUGCACAGAAUUUUAAUUCGGGCGGAGUAAGAUCCGCUCGCUUUUAGAGUGCAGCAUUAUGAGCACCAAGGUGUUUGCAGUGAACUGGAGACAGUUUAAAGUAUCAGGUGUGGGGGAGGACAGGUUGGCAAUUUGAGGGAGUUGGGUUUAUUUUUUAAAAAAAAAGAUUGAUCACCCUCUUAGUUCAAUAAUUGCAGCAGUCUAGGAAUGCAGUGAGGACCCCUCCGUGUUGUGGAAAUUAGGCAGUUAUUAAUUUCCAAGGUACCAUUGCAGCAAUUUAGUCAUUCCAGGUUUAUUUUAAGAGCUAAUGAGAAAAAAUGUGUUCUCCCAUCCUUGUUGGCAUGCAGUGAGCACGAGCCCAGGAUCCCUGUGGGUGUGUGUUACCACAGCAACCAGCCUCCACACCCACAUCUGCAGCGGAUGCGGGGGGAAGCGGCCAGGACCUUCCCUGUGCCCUUCCCACAGCCCCUGCUGGCACCUGCCUGCCUGUUCCCAAGUCACUGCAACGGGGAUGGAAAGCCUUCAACCUGGUAUGCAAAUGACUUCACUACACAUAAGAUCAAGCAGCUCUCAGAUGCUUCCCGGGCUCUCUGAUGCCUUAACAUGAUGGUUAUGAUUUAUUUCACCUCUCUGUACAUGAGCUAGUUCUGCUUCCUGAGCCAGCUUCCUGCCAUCCUGUCAGAGGGAUGCUGAGCAUGCAUAGCAGGACAGCACCAGUCUCUCCUGUGGGUUACCAGCAGGCAGCCUGGAGUCCUAGAGCAGCCUCAGUCACAACGUGCUCAGAUUAGUGCCCUCUAAAUGGGCAGUUUGUCGGUGCUGUAGGUGUUUAAAGUGGUCCCAGGAUUCUUCUCUGUUCACAUCCUGUCUGUGCCUGUCAGCUCUUUUCCUCUCUUUUCCCUUCUGCUGAGUGCCAGUAGUAUCCGUGGUACCUGCCCCUCAGGACCAGCUGAGGAUUGGUCCAGCAGUUUUUGAGAACUGCUUUGAAAUAUUGGGAAUGUACCAAAUCUGAUAUCUUUUUUUGUCUGUAGGAAGCAUAACAAUCUUUUAAGAAAGUACAGUUGCUAUAAAACAUUGGUUUGCAGAUUCUCAAAGCUUUGUAGGUUUUGCUGCACGCCUGCCUUAGGGAUAUGCAGAAUCUGCUGCACUCUGGUUGCAGCUGCAAAGAGAACACUUUGUUUGAAACAACCCUUAGAUUAUCAGUUCUGCUUUUAGUGGAAAUAGCAGGUUCAUUUUAAUCAGAAAAUAGCUGUGUUUGAUGCCAAGCCAUUUACCUGUGCUGGCAGGUAGAGAACUGCAGCUCUUUGCACACUCACUGUAUUCCAGCACGUAAAUCAGAGGUGGGACUCGUUACCUUUGCAGAGAGUUGUAUACAUUGAAAAUUCCUUUUCAUCUCAUGCACACUCACCAUCCAGUUUGUUUGCCUAUUUUAGUGAUGACUACAGAAUGAGAUUAAUGAUGUCUCAGAAGUGUCAUUGUUAGACACACAAACUCCUGGGACACUGUCCCAGGGGGCAGACAUCCCGUCAGUCUCCCCUACCGUGGUUUUAAAUAUACUUACAUUGGAUGAAUUCUCCAUGUCACCUUGUUCAUUCCUAUCUCAUGUAAGGGUAAACCCAAACACAAAGAUUUCCUACUGAACAGACUAAUGAAAGCAGCUUCUCAGAUUGGCAGAUGGUGGCUCUGUAAGAAAACAUGUUUUCUUGCCUUGCCCCUCAGUUCAUUCCCAGACUGAGCAAAGAGAGCUCGGUAGUAGCAUCUGUUGAUGGAAUAGUUCCUGUUAAACUCCAUCUGCCUGCCAGCUCUAAGAUGUUCCAACCAUGGUGUGUAUAUAAGGUACAAAAGGUAUAAUUAGAAUUCUGAUGUAUCAAAAACUGCUGUGGGUUUAAUUAUGUACGAUGGACAUUUUUGGCCAGCUCUAAGUAAUAAAAAAUACCAUGAGUGGCGAGAUGAUGCUCA